AGUAUUUCAGUUGUACAACCGGUUACCGUGGCUCCUGUGUCAUUAAAUAAGAAUGAAGCUAAGGGUAUGGCCGACACUAUUGUUCGGGAAUGGCUGGCUGAUUACAAGGAUCUCAGCUUGGCAGAAGUGCCCAGUUUUGCUUCAACAAUCAAACAAAACACUGAAUUGAUUCAAGCAAUUUUUACAGUAUUAGAAGAAAAGAAAUAUCAUGUUGAGCUUCUUGAAUCAGUAUGUCAUCAGCUGUUUAGUUUCUACAGAUCAGGCGAUGAUGAACUGCAGAUGUUUGCGCUUCAAUAUCUUCCAGUUCUUCUUGGUACUUAUCUGUGUGCUGUAGCUCGCGGCGAAAGGAAGAAUUUCUGGUGUAUGGAAGUUCUCUUGCUUGGUAUAUACAACUUGGAGGUGGUUAAUAAAGAGAGACAGUCAUUUGCACGUUCCUUCCGCCUGCCCUGCAUAUCAAAGCCUUCCAUUUAUCAUGAGCCAAUCAGCUCUUCCCAUUCUUUGCUCACUGAGCAUGCUCUCUCAAAGCAUGAACAUAGAGAACCCCAUUUUGUUACAACUGGAUCUUGUUCGGAAGUGGAGAAGAUUAAUGCCAGUAACAG